AUGCGAAGACACAGUGCUGGUGAUUCCUUUCUGUUCGUGAAAUCAUCUCCUCGCGCUGCUAGGGAAUGCGACCUCCCACCGCCGGCCGUCUCUUCUUCGUCACCACCGGCCGGCAGCUCUUUCUUAUUCGCACAUACCCCUCUUAGGAAUCCCCCCGCGGCCUACCUCUCCCUCAACAUCUCGCUGCUCUUCAUCGCGGACAACCCCAACAAGGUGGGAAUCCGGUACGAGGCGGCGGCGCUCGAUGUGAUGUACCACGGCGUGCCGCUCGGCAUGGCGACGGUGUUGGGCUUCGAGCAGCCCGCGCACAGCAGCCGCCUCGUCCAGACCCACGUCGCCGUCGACCACUUCAACGUGCUCCAAGCAGACGCGCUCAACCUCGUCCGCGACGCCGCCAUCAACGACCGCGUCGACCUUCGCCUCACCGGCGACGUCGCCGCCAAGAUCCUUCUCCUCGGCAUAUCCACCCCUAGGGUUCAGGUUAGAUUGGAUCAAAAAUCCAAACUACGAACAAAUAUACAGUGGUAGGUGCUUUGUCCCAGUCUCAAGCCGACAAUCCUUUUUGAUCAGUAUAUCUAGUAGAAGUAAGCAUGCAGAUCGUUGUCUUCGAGGCCGACUAGCUAUUUUGUGCUUUUUUUGUUUUAAAUUUGAAUGUCAUUAUCUACUUUGAAACAGAACUAUUUAGUUUUUGUGUAUAGUUGAAUUCUCCUGUAAAUACUAAUACUUUGUGAUUGAAUUCUAUUGUUUUUGUACGAAUUUAAAAU